AACUUUGUUGACUACUUGACAGACAUUGGUUUGAGAGUAUCAGAUCCACUUUGGAGAGUUUGGGUGAAAACAGGUUCCUCUAGUGAAAACUUGUUAAACUGAAGCCCCUUGAGAAAUUAACAUGCCUUUCAGACACUGCUGUCUAAAAUUUAGCCUUUUGACUGCACGGCUGUGAAUUGAUUGCUUUUGGUAUAGUUGAACUCUAAGGACACAGGUUGGGAUUCAUAUCCAUUCAGCUAACCCUCGGUUGUGGAUACCAUAUGCCUAUUACCACUUUGUACAGAAAUUUGGAGGAGAUGAAGACAAAAGUAGUUGGUAUGUUUUGAUCUUGAGGGAUAAAGGAAAACAAGCCUUGCUAGCCAAAAGAAAAAAAUUGUGAUUAAUAAACCUUAUUUCCAUUGUAAAAAUAACUACAUUGUAUCUCAGAUUUAAAAACUAAAACAUUUAAGACCUCUUCUUUAGGAAGGUGUCUGUAAUUUACUCAUGCUAUUUUUUUGAGCAAUUUUAUUAGGAACCCACAUUUUAAAACAGGUUGUGACAAACCUGUAUGUUUUGGAUCUUGUGCCAUACCUGAAAGGAAUAGGUAUUGUGAUAACUGUCCAAUGACUUUCCAGCUGCUUGUUCCAUACCUACUGUGUUGGAAGAUGAACAGUGUGACUGACUUCAUUUGUGACUUUAGAACCUUUUUUUCAUAUAGUAGUAUUAAAUUGGUGACAAUUUAGGAUCAUACUUCCAAAGACUAUAAAAAUUCAGAUACUAAAGCAUUUCAUUUGAGUUUGAGUCAUCAUUUAAAGAAGUAUUGCUAGAUGUGAGAAAAGUCUUUUUGUUACCCAAAUUUUAUGCCUGUGCCAUCCUCUUAAGUUUGUUUUGAGACUGGACUAUAAUAUUUCAAGAACAAAAGAUGGAAGUGCUCUAAAAUCCUCUCAAAUAUCAAAUAGUCUUUAUGCCUAAUAGGGCAACUAUUUUUGCAUGUGUGUAAAGUGCUGUUUACUAUUUCCUAAAAUGUAAUUAUAUGUUUUCUUAGUAUCCCAAAUAAAGGAAAAGUAGAUUUUUUAUUACUCACAAUACUGUUUUAAACAUAACAUUGAUCAGGUUGGAUAUCUCAAGUAAAAGUUGAAACUGUUCAUAGACCUGUGAUAUAUUAUGAAUAUAUUAUAAAACGUGCAGUAAUAAUGAAUUAUAACUUAGGCUCUGAAUUUUUUAGAAAGAAUACUUAUCAGGCCUUUGUUUCAUUGUUGCUUUAUGCAGAAUCAGUGAACCAUACUUUUGUUUUUUGUUUGCUUCUCUUGAUUCAGUUUUUCAUCUGUGUUAAUUAGUAUUAAAUUUUCCAAAUACCAGGCAAGUUUAUUACAAAUAGUUUAUACCAGAAUUAUAGGUCAUAUACAAUUAUAUACAUACCAAUAUUAUUAUAGAUUAUAUACAUAUUGUAUAUUACAGAUUAUACCAAUGACCAGUAGAAAAUCAGAUCUAAUUACUUACACUCUAUAGAGAAUUUAGAUAAGCUAAAACUUUGGCUCUACUUAAUGUUCUAGAGUCUUGGAACAGACUAGACUUAAAUUGUUGGAGGCCCACACACAAAACCUACUAGACCUAAUAAAUGAAUUAAGCAACAUUGGAGAAUAUAAGGUCAACAUACAAAAAUCAGUCCUAUUUCUACACACUAACAGUGAACAGUCUGACAAUGAAAUGAACAAAAUUCCAUUUACACUAGCAUCAAAAAGAAAGACUUAUUCCUAAGUCUUAAGACUUGUACACCGAAAACUACAAAACAUCUUUGAGAAGAACUAAAGAAGGCCUAAGUAAAAGGAAUCCCAUGUUCAUGGAUUGAAAAGCUUAGUAUUCUUAAUUAAGAUGGCAAUAUUUUUCAAAUUGAUCUAUAAAUUUAGUGCAGUCUUAUCAAAAUCCUAGCACCCUUUUUAUGCAGAAAUGACAAGAUCCUAAAAUUCAUACGGAAUUGCAAGGAACCCAGAAUAGCCAAGACAAUUUGAAAAAGAACAAAGUCGGAGAAUUCCCACUUCCUAAUUUCAGACUUUACUACAAAGAAACAAUAAGCAAGACACUGUGGCGCGUGCAUAAAGAUUAAUCAGUGGAAUAGAAUUGAGAGUUCAGAAAUAAAUCCUUAAAUUUAUGGUCAGUUGGUUUUUCCAUGGCAUCACAAGACAAAGGGGAGAUCACAGUCUCUUCAACAGAUGAUUCCAGGACAAAUGGAUAUCCACAAGCAAAAGAAUGGAGUUGGACUCUUAUCUCACACAUCACAUAUAAAAAUUAACUCAAAAUGGAUGACAGACUUAAAUCUAAAAACUAGAACUAUAAAACUUACAGGAAAUAGUAAGUCUUAGUGAUCUUAGAUUAGGGAGUGGUUUCUUAGACACCAAAAGCACAGUAGCAAAAAUAAAAAAAUUGAAACUUUUGUGAUUCAAAAGACAACAAAGGGAAAGACAGCCCACAGAAUGGGAGAAAAUAUUUGCAAAUCAUCUAUCUGAAAAGGAACUUGUGCUCUACAUAUAUAAUUUCUAAAGCUCAAUAAAAAAGCCCAGUUUGAAAGUGGGUGAAAAAUAUUUCUACAAAGAAGUUAAUACAAAUUGCUAAAAAGUGUAUGAAAAGAUGCUUAACAUUAUUAGUCAUUAGGGAAAUGCAAGUCAAAACUGCAGUGAGAUGUAACUUCACACCAAUGAGGGUAACUAAAAAAAAAAAAGGUAAGUGUUGGUGAGGGUGUGGAAAAGUUGGAACCCUCCUAUAUUGCUGGUGGGAAUGUAAAAUGAUGCAACCAUUUUAGGAAACAGUUUUUCAAUUCCUUAAGAUGUUAAACAGAGUUUAUGACCCAGCCACUGCAUGUACUCGUAAGAGAUACGAAAACAUUUAUCCACACAAAAUUUAUACAUGAAUAGUCACAGCAUUAUUUGUGUAGCCAAAAAAUGGGAACAACUCAAAUGUUCAUCAGUUUGUGAAUGAACAAAAUGUGUUCUCUCUCUACAGUGAGAAAUUACUUAGGCAUGAAAAGAAAUGAAGUACCAAUACCCCCUACACUGUGGGUGAAGCUUGAAAACAUGCUCAGUGGAAGAAGCCAGACACAAAAGGCCACAUAAUGUAAACUAUAGUGACACUGAAACCGAAGGAGAGAUUUUUAAUUCCUUAGUGCAAUAUUUUGGUGAUAAUUUGGGGCAGAAAGUUAAAGCUAUGCCAUUAGUUGAAGAAACUUCUUUACUGGAAGAUUCAUCAGUGACUUUGCCUGUGGUAGUAAUAGGAAAUGGACCCUCAGGAAUCUGCCUUUCUUAUAUGUUAUCAGGCUACAGACCAUAUUUAUCAUCAGAAGCAAUACAUCCAAAUACAAUCUUACAUAGUAAAUUAGAAGAAGCAAGACAUCUUUCCAUUGUUGAUCAGGACUUAGAAUACUUGUCUGAGGGCCUUGAGGGCCGAUCAUCCAAUCCAGUUGCAGUACUUUUUGACACACUUCUUCAUCCAGAUGCUGACUUUGGUUAUGAUUAUCCAUCCGUUUUGCAUUGGAAAUUAGAACAACAUCAUUACAUCCCUCACUUAGUUCUUGGUAAAGGUCCACCUGGUGGAGCUUGGCAUAAUAUGGAAGGUUCCAUGUUGACAAUCAGCUUUGGAAAUUGGAUGGAGCUACCUGGACUUAAAUUUAAAGAUUGGGUAUCUAGCAAACGAAGGAACCUAAAAGGAGACAGAGUUAUGCCAGAGGAAAUAGCUCGCUACUAUAAACAUUAUGUAAAAGUCAUGGGUCUUCAGAAGAAUUUCAGAGAGAAUACUUACAUCACCUCUGUAUCAAGACUCUACAGAGAUCAAGAUGAUGAUGGACAAGACAGAAAUAUUUCAACACAGCAUUUACAGAUAGAGAAGUCUAAAUUUAUCAAGAGAAAUUGGGAAAUCAGGGGUUAUCAGCGAAUAGCGGAUGGUUCCCAUGUUCCCUUCUGUCUCUUUGCUGAGAAUGUAGCUCUGGCAACUGGAACAUUGGAUUCUCCUGCCCAUCUGGAAAUUGAAGGGGAAGAUUUUCCUUUUGUGUUUCAUUCAAUGCCUGAAUUUGGAGCUGCUAUAACCAAAGGAAAGUUGCGUGGCAAAGUGGAUCCAGUGUUAAUUGUAGGUUCUGGGCUUACUGCAGCUGAUGCAGUACUGUGUGCGUACAACAAUAAUAUUCCUGUGAUUCAUGUGUUUCGCAGACGAGUAACUGAUCCAAGCUUAAUUUUCAAACAGCUUCCCAAAAAGCUUUAUCCAGAAUACCAUAAAGUCUAUCAUAUGAUGUGUACUCAGUCAUAUUCUGUAGAGUCCAAUCUUUUAUCUGAUUAUACCAGUUUUCCUGAGCACCAUGUGCUUUCCUUUAAGGCGGACAUGAAAUGCAUUCUUCAAAGCCUCUCUGGAUUGAAAAAAAUAUUUAAGCUCUCUGCAGCAGUAGUACUCAUAGGUUCUCAUCCCAAUCUGUCUUUUCUGAAGGAACAAGGCUGUUACUUGGGCCAUAACUCAAGCCAGCCAAUCACAUGUAAGAGUAAUCCUGUGGAAAUAGAUGCAUAUACCUACGAAUGUGUUAAAGAAGCCAACCUUUUUGCAUUGGGUCCUUUGGUUGGAGACAAUUUUGUUCGAUUUUUAAAGGGAGGGGCAUUGGGUGUGACACGCUGUUUAGCUACAAGACAGAAAAAAAAACAUUUAUUUGUUGAAAGAGGAGGAGAUGGGAUAGCUUAAAGCGAGUUUAUAAGUAAUUAAUAUGGGCAGUUAACCAUUAAAGAUUUUUCAUAGUGGUUUUGCAGUGUACUGGCUUGAAUUUUCUGGACUUGAAUUAACUGUGGAAGAGAGCCUCAAGCUAUAGUAACUAUUUAAAGUUACAAGAACUUGGUGUUCUGAUUUAUAUUGUAUCAGAGGUGUCACUGUCAGACAAAUAGAAACACUGCCAAUUUGGUAUACUUUAAGCUUUCACUUAACUAAAACAUUCUUUUCUGCCAAGACUUACUUUUUGUGAUCAUUUGUGGCUACGUUUGAUUCCAAAAUCUUACAGCCUUGAAUAAUCUAUAAAACCAUAUGGUAUAUUAGGCCAGAAACCAUCUUCGUUAUACUUUAGGUCACCUUGCUGCUCAAGGGUGGUCUAAAGACCAGCAUUAACUUCAUAUGUAGCUUGUUAGAAAUGUGGAUCCUCAGGUCCCACAACAGAAUUAGUGAAUCAAACUGCAUCUAAUGAGAUCCUCAAGGAAUAUGUAUGCUUACUAAAGUUUGAGGCACGCUGGUCUAAAAGAAAAUGUGAUAUAAGUUAUGUAUGCUGGGGGUGGGCAGGGUAGGAGGCAUUUACAACUCAGGUUUAAUUUAUUUUCAAUUAUCAAUUUCUAUAAAUCUAAUUUAUUACCAAAUGCGGUAUUUUAAAAAAAUAUUUUUAUUGUUGAAACCUUGAUAAGUACUUCAUAUUCUUAGCUUCUAAUAAAGUCCAGUAAUGUUGGCAUACACUUAGACAUUCAGGAACCUGCCAAGAUAUUUUUGGAGAUUUAUUCUCUAACUCACAUAACCACCUAAUUUGCAAUUCAAUAAAUUGUGAAUUAAACUACUUA